GCCAACGGCCUGCAGAGCAACAUGCCUAAGUUUUAUUGUGACUACUGCGACACGUACCUCACCCAUGACUCUCCAUCUGUGAGAAAGACACACUGCAGUGGUAGGAAACACAAAGAGAAUGUGAAAGACUACUAUCAGAAAUGGAUGGAAGAGCAGGCUCAGAGCCUGAUCGACAAAACAACUGCUGCAUUUCAACAAGGAAAGAUACCUCCUACUCCAUUCUCUGCUCCUCCUCCUGCAGGGGCAAUGAUCUCACCUGCCCCCAGUCUCCCGGGUCCUCCUCGCCCUGGUAUGAUGCCAGCGCCCCAUACGGGGGGCCCUCCCAUGAUGCCAAUGAUGGGCCCUCCUCCUCCUGGGAUGAUGCCAGUGGGACCUGCUCCUGGAAUGAGGCCACCUAUGGGAGGCCACAUGCCAAUGAUGCCUGGGCCCCCAAUGAGGAGACCUCCUGCCUGUCCCAUGAUGGUGCCCACUCGCCCAGACAGAUAAGAAGAGAUAGGAACCUCUUUAUGUUCAUUUUAUAUUACUUGUUUACUUCACCAGGAGAUCAUGGUGUUGUGACUCUGGGUGUUUUCUCACAGCAGGACAAGGAAGACUUGCUCCCCCUUCCUAUCAAAGAGAGAAUAGUUUUUGCCGGGGAGUAGU